CACUGCUUCCUCAGGCUCUACGGCGUAUUGCCAUCGUGUCGCAUUUUAUCAGUUCUUCGGGGCCACUAGCGUUUGCAUAUAUUUGAGAAUGCGAGUAUCGGAUCCGGCAAAACUUGACAUCUUGCCCGACGACGCUUGCGAGAUCCGUUUGACAAUUGCGGCCUCCGAGUGCGACAAGUAUCCAGCGAAACAACAUGCCCGCAAGGUUGCUUCAAAGCUAGGGGUCCGCGACGGUCUUAUCUAUCUCGUUGGCAAAGCUACGAUAAACUGGGGAGACUCAGACCAACCACGCCCUUUCCGGCAGAGACGCUACUUCUACUAUCUGAGCGGUGUAGACGAGGCAGAUUGCUACCUGACAUACGACAUUCGCAACGACCUUUUGACUAUCUACGUUCCGAAUUUCAGCCUGCAACACGCGAUAUGGAUGGGACCGACACUCACUGUCGAGGAAGCACGGCAACGGUACGAUGCAGACCGCUUCCGCUAUUAUGCUGCUCUACGGAGCGACCUCAAUUCAUGGGUGGACCAAUAUAACAAAGACAGCCCGAUUUACGUCCUCCAUAGCUCCCAGAAACCCGAGAUUUCGGCGAAGGAGCUUCGCUCGCGGGAGGUGAAAGAUGAAUACGAGAUCCGGAUGAUUCGCAAAGCCAACGAGAUCUCUGCCCUUGCACACCGAAACAUCCUACAAAACAUACACCGCAUGUCAAACGAAAGUGAAAUUGAGGGACUCUUCCUAGACACAUGCGUGUCGCACGGUGCGAAGAACCAGUCAUAUGAAAUCAUUGCUGGAUCUGGGCCCAACGCAGCGGUGCUACACUAUGUGAAGAACGACGAGCCUCUUAACGGGAGACAACUUGUCUGUCUGGAUGCGGGCGCGGAAUGGAACUGCUACGCGAGUGACGUCACUCGCACAAUUCCCCUAGGGAAAGACUGGCCCAGCUCGCACGCGAAAGACAUCUACGCCAUCGUCGAAGAAAUGCAGGAGGAAUGCAUCAGACGUGUAAAGCCUGGGCUAAGAUUUCGAGACCUGCACGAGCUUGCUCAUAUCAUCGCCAUCAAAGGACUGCAAGAACUCGGAGUCCUCAAGGCUGGAACUGUAGAAGAAAUCCGUCGAUCCGGAGCAUCCUCCAUCUUCUUUCCCCAUGGCCUCGGCCACCAUGUAGGGUUGGAGGUGCAUGACGUAUCGGAACAGCCAAUCACUGCUAAUGGGCACUUGUCCAGGGAAUUUGUACCGCAAAUGAGCACUCCACUUCUUCAGGAAGGCAUGGUGAUUACCAUUGAACCUGGAGUCUACUUCAACAAGCUUGCGCUGGAAAACUCCCGAAGCCUGCCAUUGGCGAAGUACAUCGACUUCGAUAAGGCCGAGCAGUACAUCCCUGUUGGCGGAGUGCGCAUCGAGGAUGACCUUCUGGUCACCAGCACAGGGUACGAGAACCUUACCAUGGCGCCGAAAGGGAAGGAGAUGCUCGAGAUUCUCCGUGGCCGCAGCAAGCAAUAACCAUUUGAUGCCGAUUGAUGUCAUUCUAUGUUCGACCUUCAAGAUGUUACAAUUUCUACAACUGCUAAGUACUUUAUUGGAGUAGGGGUUGUUCGUCAGCAGUUUGAGGAACCUUGUAUAUACCUCAGGAGUCUUAACUGAUCCACAACUAAGUAUACCCAAACAAACCCAAACAAACACUCACGGGGCUAGAAGAAACUUUCUAUCCGAUCCCCGACAAUCCACCCUUCACUUCAAUAAAAUGCUACACAACUCCUGAGGCACACAGAAACGGUUACACACGUGGCGCGUACCUACAGGAUGUCAUACAUUCCAUGUAGAAUUCCAAAUGCGGAAGAGCUUGGCAGAAACAUAAUUCCACGCCCAGUUGCUCUUCCUGUUAAGAAGUUGGGAGUAGUUAUAUAAUUGGUAUUGGUUUUAACGUCACAAUAGAACAAUAUCUUCACCUUCAUUGC